AGUAGUUUGAUAGGCGUGGCCGUGAGUGGUUCGCUUAGCGGGCUCCUGUCUGUCACGAUCAAGUUUAAAUUAACAGGAAAUAAACUAUUUUAUGCGAAGUACUAUUUGAACUAUAGAUCGUUAUAUUGAUUUGUUAUUUACGAUUUUAUUACACCUGAAUGAAAGUGUUUUCUGUUUUUGUUACAUAAGUUAACUUGUUUUUAACAUAUUAACACAUUAAGUCAAUAUUAUUUUUAUUUAAUACUGUGUGUUUAUAAGAACAACAAAGUUUUAAAUGUGUUAAAAUUGUUUUGACUUUUGCUUUUAUUAGUAGCCCUUUUAAAAGAGUGAUAACGUGAAUAAUACAAUGGAGCGGUCUGAAUGUCGUGUGUACUCAAGGUUCACUGCGACUAGAAAUGACGGAAGUACCGUGAAACUGAGGAUCCAGGACUUGCCUAUAGAGUGUCAGGAGGCUGUGCUGGAUUUGUUUGUAAAUGUCUAUGCAAAAGAAGAAGCCAUGUAUAAAUCUGUAGGUGCAUGUAACAGUGAAGAAUCAAAAGCAGAACUAAUGCAACUGUUUCAAGAUGUGACUCAAGUUCUUCAACCUCAUGUAACUAUUUGCUGCAUUGAUGACGAUCCUGAUGUUGUAGGACAAAUAGCUGGUGCUUCUAUGAUGUAUAUAGCUGAAGGGAUGACAGAUCUAACGAAAUUUCAGGUUGAGACAAAAGAAUUAAAGAAGCUUUUUGAAAUAGCAGUUAAUGCUUUAUAUUGUUAUGAUAUAACCAAAGACUACAACGUGAAGAAAUAUUACGAAGACCUUGGAAUCGUCGUUCAUCCAGAUUUUAGAAAGCUCGGUAUAGCUAACGAAAUUGUUAAAACAAGGCGGUUGAUUAGCAAGAUCAACAAGGUGCCUUUAGCGGGUGCUUGGAUGACCGCUUGGGGUACGCAAAAGGCUGGCGCCAACGAUAACUGGGAGACAGUCGUGGAACUAGCCUUCGACGAUUUGAGCAAGCGUUUCGGUGUGAUCUUCGAAAAUACACCGCCAACAUGCAAAUAUAUGAUCGCAAAGAUUUCGGAAUAGAUAAUGUUGAGAUUUUUCUCUCUGUUCAUCAAAAUAUGUUUAACCCAGCUUCUUCCAACAUGCUCCAAAGGUUAUCAAGAUCUCUUGUCUUUAGAGGUCGCGAUUUUCUGCCAGAUAUUGCUGGCUAACCGUACAUUUGGCUCAAGAAUUCAUCGUAUCAAGGGUGAUACGAUUACGACAGUAUAUGUGCAAAAAAUUUCUUCCCAUGCUUCUUUGAAUGUUGACUAGUGAUUGGGUAAUAUAUACAUUUUACCU